AUGUGUGGCCAAUUUGAUGAUGCUGGAAUGGAAAAUCCACGACACAACCAAGCCUUGGUUCUGUGGCUACAUGGCUUGCAAUCCAGUGGAUGCCAUAUGAAGAAAAUGCUCAUCGGCACGAGGAACCUUCAGACACUCUCCUGGGUGAAGUGGAGGUUUCCAGAGUCUGAGAUUGCAGAGUUGUCGAUUCUUCCGGGGCAGCGAAUGAAAAGCUGGUUCGAUCUGCCUGAGCAGCCGGCGGUGGAAGGUCGAUGUCAUGCAGGAAUGCAAGAGGCUGUAGACCGUGUCCAUGCGCUGCUCCACAAAGCUAUGGAGCAAGGUUUCGCCGCUGAUCGAAUCGUGCUUUGCGGCUUCAGUCAAGGUGGCACGCUGGCUCUGCAGGCAGGGCUUUCGUUCCCACACAUGUUGGCCGGGAUUUGUGCGGUGGUCCCGGCCUCAGUGGUGAAUGCAUUUCACCGUUUUAAUCUUAUCUUGGCAGUUAGCAGCACAGAAGGUUGCGGUUUAUUGGACUGCUCGGUUUUGAGCUUAACGUGCCUGCUACUGCAGGCAAGUUGGGUCACGGCAGAUUUGCCUGCUGUGGACGGGAAGAGCGAACUUCCGAUUCUCAUGUGCCACGGCGACGAAGAUACGAUGGUUCCCAUCGCGGUGGCGCGAAGGAGCUGCAACUCAUGCUGCUUCUGGCAUGUUCGAGCUGGUGAUGUUUCUGAAUAUGCUGUGCUGGUUUAUGAGGGCGUUUCAAUGCGGCGCUCUCCAUGCUUAGGUAAAUCUUUGGCAUCCAAAGGCUACAGCAAGGUCAACCUGGUGACUGUGAAAGGAUUGCGACACCAACUCAUCGCUGUCGAGCUGGAAGAGAUUUUCGAAUUCUUGCGGCAAGUGCUGCCACAGGGCGCCAAGGGCGCCGGCGAGUUUCUUGACGCCAGCGAGUCUCCUGAUGCCUUUCCUUUGACGGAGCCGACUGGAUGUCUCGUAUGGCUGCACGACGCAAGUCUCGUCGGCCGAGUCGACGAGACGCUGGUGGCCAAGAGGAUGAGCGACUUCUUGCCUGGUGUUAAUGUACUGCUGCGGCAGCUUGAGGACAAGGACAAGGUGAAGGAUGGCGCUUUCCUUCUAGCCGAAGUCAAUUCUCUGCUGCAGGCCAAGAUGGCUGGAUUUGCAGCUGAGAAGACGGUUUUGGGUGGCUUCGGAGCAGGAGGCACUGCUGCACUACUGGCACUGCCUUCGACUAGACUUGCUGGUCUCCUGUGCACCAGUGCGUAUCCGUCCAGUGGGCUGCCAUCGCAGGCCGCCACAGGAGAGGAUCAGCUGAUCGUGGUGUUGCACGGCUUGGAGGAUGAGGUCGUACCUGUCGAAGUUGCUCGCGAGCAGUGGCGAAUGUUGGGGAACAACGGCUACCGAGCUGUCGUGUUUAAUGCGAUGAAAGGACUUGGCCAUGAAUUCUCCAUGGGACUGUGGCGAGAAAUUUCUGAGAUGGUAGCCACCAUACUAGACAUCGGAGGCGAGGACUAA